CAAUUGUGGUAAUCCUGGUAGCGAUUAGAAAGAGAGAGCAACAGAAAAAGCAGUAGGAGUCGAGUAUCAGACAGAAAACAGAGACUGAAGUAGCUGAAAGACUGCAAGAAGUCGACAUCAUGCAUCUCUUACUAGCACUGGCUGUAAUACUGCACUUUGGAUCUAUACAAGUCUAUUCGCAAGAUACUAACUUAAUUUGCAACGCUCAGACGAGCUGUAACGACUGCAUACAAGCAUCUCCAUCAUGUAUUUGGUGUGCAGACCCGAAUCACAGUGGGACAAGGUGUUAUUCAGGCCAGACUAGCAACGUUGAUUGUAGUAGCAGCAACUCAUCUACCAAUUACAUUCAGAAUCCAGCUAGUCGAGUCAUUAGCCAAAGCAAUGACUCAUUUACAGACUUAAAUCAAAUCUCACCACAGAGUGUCAGCAUUAGCAUCAGAAGAGGUCAGCCAGUUAAAUUUAAUGUGACAGUAAAGCCUGCACCUAACUUUCCAUUGGACCUUUAUCUAUUAAUGGAUCUAUCCUACUCUAUGAACAAUGACUUGGAUCACUUGAAAAGUCUUGGAGGUCGAAUUGCUGACACAAUAAGGAGUAUCAGUACUAACUAUCAGCUUGGAUUUGGGACGUUUGUAGAUAAACCAUUAGCUCCAUAUGUUGAUACUAGACCUGGUGCAAAACCAUGUGGCACAUGCCAAGUUCCAUACAGCUUCAGGCACGUUAUAUCACUAGGGAAUGACAGUGACAGAUUUAAUCAAGGUGUACAGGAGAGGAUUAUCAGUGGUAAUCGUGAUGCACCUGAAGGAGGUUUCGAUGGAUUCUUGCAGUCAAUAGUUUGUCAAGAUCUUAUUGGCUGGAGAAGGAAUGCACGUCAUUUACUAUUGUACAUUACUGAUGCUGGCUUUCAUUAUGCUGGAGAUGGAAAGCUUGGAGGUGCAGUCAUACCUCACAACGGACAAUGUUUGAUGCCAUCACAGCCAGCCAAUGGAAAUCCUGUUGACUAUACACAGUACGAUGUAUACGAUUACCCAUCAAUUGGUCAAAUAAGGCAAAAGCUAAGAGAAUAUGACAUCAUCCCACUAUUUGCUGCAGAGUCAUCAGCUGAACCAUUCUAUACAGCACUAGCUAGUGAAUUGGAGGGAGCUGAUGUUGGAGAGCUAGCAAGUGACUCAAGCAACGUUCUAACACUAAUACAAGAAUCUUAUACUAGAGUAUCACAGAGGGUCAUCAUUUCACCAGAUAAUGUACCAGGACUCUCUUUCAAUAUAACUCCAAUAUCAUGCCCAACGAUUGUUGGACAAGCUUGUGAAGGUGUGACUUUAGAUAGCAACGCAACAUUCGAAAUAACAGCAAACCUUCUUCAAUGCUCAGAAGCAUUAACACAACAAGCAACAAUGGUUACUUUCAGAGUGUUAGGAUUUGGCUCUUUUACUGUUAACGUUAGCACAAUAUGUUCUUGUGAAUGUGAGCAACAACAGGACAUAAACAGUACCGCCUGUAGCACCUUUGGGACAUCAAGUUGUGGAAUAUGCCAGUGCAAUGAAGGAAGGUUUGGCGACAUGUGUCAAUGUGACGGUCGGGAUGCAACCAGUUCCAACACAACGAUGUGCGAGAUCAGCACAUUGAACGGUCAGGUCUGCUCAGGUAGAGGAACAUGUGUCUGUGGACGAUGUAACUGUGACACAAGAGAAGGUGAUUUGGAAUAUUUUGGUGUAAACUGUGAAUGUGACAAUUUCCAGUGUGACAGAGACAGUGAGGGUCAAAUCUGUGGAGGUAGAGACAGGGGAGUCUGCACUUGUGAUGGACAGUGCCAAUGCUUGACGUCCUCAAUAUCUGGUAGACCAUAUACAGGAUCAGCCUGUGACUGCAGUCCUGAUGAUAACACAUGCAUUAACCCAGGAGACCAGGUAGUAUGCAGUGGUAAUGGUGAAUGCGUGUGUGGUGCAUGUGAAUGUAAUUCUGAGGAUUUCACUGGAACCUACUGCCAGAUAUGUACAACACCAUCAGCCUGUCCAGUAGCUUCAUGUAAUGACACAAUGCAAUGUGCUAUAUGUCUGGUUGAUAAUACUGCCUCCAAUUGUGAGGCAUGCAAUGAUACUAUUAACAGGGUCAAUGGGAUCGGCUCUGGUUAUAUGAUAAACGGAAACAGAGCAAUACCUUGUGACUUCUCGUCGGGAGGUUGUGAGUAUCGCUAUUACGUUGCUCUUGAUGACAAUGGAAACCCACUACCCAUACACUUUGAUGACGACAGCGGUUGUGCUGCAACUGUGGCCCCUUGGAUAAUAGCAGUCUCUAUAAUAGUAGCUCUACUAAUAAUUGGACUAAUCCUACUAGCACUAAUCAAACUGUUACUAAUGCUUUUGGAUUAUAUGGAAGUUAAGAAAUUCAUGGCCGAAGUACAAGAUCCAAAAUUCAGAAAGAAUGAGAACCCGUUGUUUGAGAGUCCCAAUAAAGAGUACAAGAACCCAACGUAUGGGCAGUGAGAGACCCAAGGACAAUACACAUAACUCUCUCAUAAUCUCAUUAUUAUUAUUAUUAUUAUUAUUAUUAUUAUUAGCAUGUAAAAUGUAAAUCCUGCUGUUAUAGUUUAUUAUUCCACUGUUGUUUUUAAAAUGUGUCUUCAUCUAAUAGACUUUUAUUUUCUUUCUAAAAUAA